CUUCUCUUUGCCGCAGCGAACUUUCUUUCUCUUCCGGUUGUCGUCUGUUCGUGUGGCAGAUUUACCAGCGUUGAAAUGGCAAAGUCUAAGAACCACACAACUCACAACCAGUCUCGCAAAUGGCACAGAAAUGGCAUUAAGAAGCCCAGAUCUAAUCGCUAUGAGUCCUUGAAGGGGGUGGAUCCCAAAUUCAUGAGGAAUAUGCGUUUUGCCAAGAAGCAUAACAAGAAGGGCUUGAAGGCGGCACGGAAAGCAGCAGCUCAGAAAUAAGCUGUCUGCUUAACUUCUGUCUGUUAUUGUUCCACAUACACCAACAUAAUAAAGUAAUGCUUUAUUAACAAAACCAUUUUGUUUUAUACUUUGUAUGUGUUGAUUAUCCAGAAAAGGAUUUAUUUUAAGCCAGCACUGUGGCUUUUUGCUUCCACACCAAAUUUUGGAAAAGUUUGGAAGUUGAAAUAAAUCGAGAAUGAGCUUUCUCUUCUGGAA